AUGGGUCGUCCAGGGAACCAGAUGUGGACAUGUACCUUGUGGGUCUUCUUAUGUGGGAUGUUUGUUGGUCCAACAAUGGCCAGCCCACAUUACAUGGUGACCAUUCCUGCUAUUCUUGAAGCUGGAACUGAGACCAAAUUCUGUGCAAGUCUCAUGGAUCCCAAUGAGACUCUGACCAUGACUGUCUCUAUGAGGUCUGACCAAAACCAUUCAGUCCUUUAUGAGAGGACCUCCAGGGAGGAGUUUCUCGAAUGCAUCCAGUUUCAGGUCCCUUUACUGGAAAAUGAAAAGGUGGUCAUGCUUGAAGUGGAGGUACAAGGAAACACGUUUAACUCUAAAGAAGUCAGAAAAGUCAUGAUCAAAGUCUACCGACCAGUACACCUGAUCCAAACGGACAAACCCAUCUACCUCCCUGGACAGACAGUUCAGUUCAGAGUGGUUUCAAUGGAUACAAAGUUAAGACCAAUUGAUCAGCUGUACAACAUUAUCGAAAUUGAGGAUUCCUACAGGAACAGGAUUGGACAAUGGAUCAAUCAAACAUCUAACAGCAAAAUCCUGCAGCUCUCCUACCCCCUAAACUCUGAGGCCCGCGAAGGAAGCUACACAAUCUCUGUGACAGCGGGUGGAGAUAAGCACUCUCACACCUUCAAAGUGGAGAAGUAUGUUUUGCCUAAAUUUGAUAUCACCACAACUGUGAAGGAAGAAGUCAGCAUUGGACAGGAAGAAUUUGAAACUAAAGUAUGUUUGAGGUACACAUACGGACAGCCUGUGCCAGGAAGCGUUACAGUCAAGGUCUGUCGACCUUUUCCCAGGCGUCAUUAUGAUUACUCAGGGCUUUCCGGAACUCUUGAAGACUUACAAAUAUUUCCUCCAUGUGAGACAAUCCACAAGCAGACAGACAAACAUGGCUGCGCUAUCGCUGAAUUUAAAAUGUCAAGUUUCACCAAAAUAGACCAAAAGAUAUUGCAGGACAAACUUGAAGUUCAUGUCACUGCUGAGGAGGAGGGAACAGGUGUUUCACAAUCACAAAUGAAGAAAAUAACCAUUUCCUACAUUAUUGGCAAGCUGGCAUUUGUUGACCCCCCCAGGAUUUAUGACAAAGGCUCAAACCUGGAGGGAAAAGUCAAGGCUGUACACUACAACGAUACGCCCAUUCCUCACAUGCCGCUAUAUUUGUUUGGGGGGAGUGGAUGGUCUGCAAGAUUACUGCAGAACCUCACGACUGACAGCAACGGUUUCGCCACAUUCUCUGUCAGCACAGACGCUUUUGAUGGAGAUACUAGGCUGACUAUAAACGCCUCACCAGAACUGCAGUACCCAGAGUAUAGAACAGCUAACAUUCCCUGGCAAGAACACACCUUUCUUCAGUCCCUACCUGCUUCUGCUGACACCAAAUCAAGCAGCGUCUUGAAGAUAAAGAGCGUUGACUCCGCCCUUCCAUGUGAUAAAGAAGUGGACAUCUCCAUUGAUUACACUUUUGUGCAAGAACCACAGGGAUCUGUAGAUAUCUUUCAUCUGGGUUUUGGUUUGGCUCCUCGUCAGAAUCUCACCGUCUUCCAGCCUUUCUUCCUGGAGCUCACCCUGCCCUACUCUAUAAUCCGAGGGGAGAACUUUGAGCUGAAGGCAACCGUCUUUAACUACCUGACCAAGUGCAUUAUG